CUCUCUCUCUCUUUCUUUCUCCUCUUAAGCCAAAAUCAGUCACCCUUUUAAAAUAGUUAUGGAGACGCUUCUGUAAUCUAUGUUAUCUCGUUUUCUUUCUCCCUUCUCUCUUAUUGCUUUCACUCCUUUUCACUUUCUCUCUCGUUCUCUUUCUCUCAGAGCGUCUGGGAAUACCUUUAACUUUAGCUUCAGUACCUCAACGCCAUAUUCAACCCCCUAUUACACUAUUAAACACCACUAUUUCAUUAUUAUUACCUUUAUUAACAUCAUCCUCCAUUUGUUGUCUUUCCUUAAGAGGUAAAAAGGGAGAUCUGCCAGUUUGGUGGAGAGGAAAUAUGUAAAAGAUAGGAAAAUAAGAAUGAGGAGGAGGAAGAAUAAGUAAACAAGGAAGAGACGAUGAUUAGCUCCUUCCGUACGAGGUUUGAGAGGAUAUGUUGGUGAGAAUCUAUGUAGCUCUACCUCCAAUACCUCAACGCCAUAUCCAACUCCCUCCCACAUCAUUAAACACCCCCAUUUACUUGUUAUUAUCUACCACAUAUGUUGCCUUUCCUUAACUCCUUCCUUACGUGGUUUGAGCGGAUCAGUAUGUUGGUGAUUCUGCUCAACUGUGUGACGCUGGGGAUGUACCAACCCUGCGUGGACGAGCUCUGCACCACCCACCGCUGCAAGAUACUACAGAUGUUCGACGACGCCAUCUUCGCCUUCUUCUCGGUGGAAAUGGUGAUCAAGAUGGUGGCGAUGGGCUGGUCGGGGAAGGGCGCAUACAUGGCAGACUCCUGGAACAGACUCGACCUCUUCAUCGUGGUGGCGGGGGGCCUCGAGUACUUCCUGGCGAUGGAGAACAUGAACCUCUCGGCCAUCAGGACCAUCAGGGUGUUGCGGCCGCUUAGAGCCAUCAACAGGAUCCCAAGUAUGAGAAUCCUGGUGAUGCUGCUCCUGGACACGCUGCCUAUGCUCGGGAAUGUCCUGCUGCUGUGUUUCUUCGUGUUCUUCAUCUUCGGCAUCGUCGGCGUGCAGCUCUGGGCCGGGAUGUUGAGGCAGCGCUGUUUCAUCGACUUGCCCAAGAACGUCACUGUGCCUGCAACAUUAAAGCCAAUUUAUUAUGCACUCGUCAAGCCCAAAACGCCCAUCACGUCAUACUUCCAAGUGGCCGAGCAGGAGAGGGACUACAUCUGCUCCCUGCCCAAGGACAACGGCAUGCACCAGUGUGACGACCUUCCACACUCUCGCAUCAACGGCAAGACAUGUAACGACUCUGCCCCGAUGUACGUCCCAAAUGACUUGUCCAACGACUCAUGCAUCAACUGGAACCAAUACUACACAGACUGCCGGCCAGGGGACAAGAACCCGUUUCAGGGAGCGAUAUCCUUUGACAACAUUGGUUUAGCCUGGGUUGCCAUAUUCCUGGUGAUAAGCUUAGAAGGGUGGACAGAUAUCAUGUACUAUGUCCAGGAUGCCCACUCCUUCUGGGACUGGAUAUACUUUGUCCUGCUUAUUGUGAUUGGCUCCUUCUUCAUGAUCAACCUGUGCCUGGUCGUCAUCGCCACUCAGUUCUCCGAGACAAAAAAGCGAGAGAUGGAACGCAUGAAGAUGGAGCGCGCCCGAUUCCAGUCCACGAGCACCCUGGCGUCUGGCUCCACCGCCGAGCCUAAUUCCUGCUACGCGGAGAUCAUCAAAUACAUUGCUCACUUGUGGCGGAGAGGGAAGCGCAAGGCCUAUGUUUACUACCGCCAGUUUAAGAGAAGAAACCACUCGGACCACCCCAGACAGCUGAGCCUCAAGAAGCAGCGCCGCCGCCGCCAGUACGAGGCUGCCCAGAGUGCCCUCAUCAGCCGGGAGAGUGCAGGGGCAGUAGGCGUCCCCAGCACCAUCGUGUCCUUACCCCCUUCAGGACCAGGAGGCUUGGGGCAUGGGGGUCCCCUCACUAUCAUGAACAACAUUGCCCCACCGUCACCACAACUGUUGUCUCCCCUGGAAGUUCGUGAAGUCCAGGAAGAAACGCGGACCACCAGCGCCCCGUGCCCCAGCCCCGAGUACUCUGACGGGGACCAGCAGCCAUCACCACACCGGCCCGUCAUCCUCAAGAUCUCCAGCGGGGACGGCAGUGAGCUGGUGCCACCCUCACCCAGCACUCAGGGCUUCUGUACACCCCGGCAGCGGCGACGCAGCUCGGUCAUGUUCAGCGACGUGGUGUUGCUGCACGGCCACCAGGGCGAGACAGCCACCAAGAAUGUGUGUCACAGCGAGAAAACAACACAGACAGAUGAUGAGCCUCUGGACCCAGCCUACUUCCGGGAGCCUCUGCCGCCCUCCCCCCACACCCCUGCACCUCCCAUGUUGAUGCCUGCCUCCCUCCUCUCACCACCUGUCCACCCCUUCAAGAAGACAAAGUCCUCGCUGCACCCUGUCUCCCGCACGUCCUCCUACAACGGCUCCACAGGCAAGGGUUCCCUGACCUGUGGAGAGCUGCUGGCCCUCAGUGGUGCCCUGUCCGCCGCCCUGCCCACACACCUUGGCAUAGACUCCCGCUCCGUCCACACCCUCUACUCCUCCCUGGCCAAGGGUGUGAAGCACUUCUCUGCCCCGACUCUCUUCUUCUCGGGGGACCAGGCGCCGGCGGGGUUCAUGGGCUACUACUCGCCCUCAGACUCCUGCGACUCAGGGUCAGACUGGAGCGACGACGAGCGGAAGGACCAGGAGCAGCACCCCCCCAGGGGCUUCACUAAGCUGUGCUCCUUCAUCCAGACCUACACCAAGAAGCUGGUGGAGCAUCGCUACUUCCAGCGCGGCAUCCUGGUGGCCAUCCUCAUCAACACUCUCAGCAUGGGGGUGGAGUACCACAACCAGCCGGAAACGCUCACCAUCAUCGUGGAGACCAGCAACUACAUCUUCUCAGCAGUGUUUGCGGUGGAGAUGCUCCUCAAGAUCAUGGCCGAGGGACCCUUCGGCUACAUCAGCAACGGCUACAAUGUUUUCGACGGCAUCAUUGUCAUCCUCAGUGUGGUGGAGAUGUACGAGAGUUACUCCAGCUCUACCUUGAUGGUGGACCAGCAGGCGGGUCAGAGCUCUGGCCUGUCAGUGCUGCGGACCUUCCGUCUGCUGCGCAUCCUCAAGCUGGUGCGCUUCAUGCCUCAGCUGCGGCGCCAACUCUUCGUCAUGCUGCGCACCAUGGACAACGUUGCCAUAUUCUUUUCUCUCCUCAUUCUCUUUAUAUUCAUCUUCAGUGUGCUAGGCAUGUUUCUCUUUGGUGGAAAGUUUUGCAUUAGACCGGAUGGCAGUGGAGAAUGCACGUGCCGGGAGAUUCUCGACCCUGAGUCUGGGUGUCUCUGCACAAGAAUGCAUUUUAACAACUUCCUGUGGGCCACGGUGACUGUGUUUCAGAUACUCACCCAGGAGGACUGGAAUGUUGUGCUCUUCAAUGGCAUGGAGAAGACCAGCCACUGGGCCUCCCUCUACUUCGUGGCACUCAUGACCUUUGGAAACUAUGUGCUCUUCAACUUGCUGGUGGCCAUCCUUGUGGAGGGCUUCUCUGCCGAGCGGCACGAACGCUUAGAGAAAGAACAAAAACAACUGGAAAAGCAAAAGAGAAAAGAGCAGCGAGCACUAGAGAAGGCUGAAAAAGAACGUGACAACCAACCACCUCAAGAUGAAGACAAAAAUUCAUCCUCAAAGAUCAACCUUGGAGAGGGUGUCAGAGAUGACCCUUUGAAGGUGGCGAAGGUCACCCUCCUCCAGCUCUCCAAAGGCACGACCUCUACUGAGUUAUCUAAGGCCACGUGCUCAAAGCUCCCCAAGAGUGUGUCAUCAGAGGGCUUCCUCAGCCUCUCUCAAUCUGGACUUUCCUCGGACUCUGCUGCUCUGGCGCUGCCCAGAGGUGCUUCCACGGAAGCCCUGACAGACGUGCCAUCUACAAUGAUGCCAAAGGAAGCUAUUAAGGGCAUGUCUUUAGAGAACUCAAAAGGUUUUGGCAAAGAAGAGAUGCUCUUCAAGAAGGUCUCAGAAGCCUCUAAAAGGCCCUCAAGGCCUUCUCCUGCUUUGGAGGACCCAGCAAGCACCCAGAUGGAGCACCUUGCAUCUGUUGGCAUGGAAGCGGCCGCCCAGCUCUCUGAGGAUGAGAAGAAGCGGUCGGUCUCCACGCUGGAAAACCCCGAGGAGGACCAAUACCCACUUAAGGGCAACGAGGACCGGGUGAAGGAGAACCACCUGCGUCAGAAGCUGCUGGACGAUGACCCGAAGUGCAACAUUGAGAAAGAGAGCAAAUUGCUGCAGCAGCCUCAGUCGACCAGUCGUGACAUCCCACCCACACCUGCAGGGUUUACACCAAUCCUGGCGACCCCCACCUCCCAGCUGGGAUACCCGCCCAUCAUCACCCACACCGCCGCCACGCCCCAAGGGUCUCCCCACUCCACCCUGGAGCCAAGUGGCCGAGGGGACCUCAACAACCGGCUCAGUCCUGCCAUGGCUCUCUACUGCACCACAGAUGACCGCCCGCAGCAAGGAGUGCUGCGCUCGGCAUCCAUCAAGAGCAACAACACUUCACUCUCAUCAAGGUCAUCACGGGCCUCAAGCCGUCUGGGGUUCCACGGGGUGCAGCGCAGGGAGUCUUUGUCUCCACAUGACCUGCAGAGGCGAAGAGACUCCCUCAGCCCCUCGCCAGGGGUCCAGGAGAGGCGCAGCAGCGGGUGUGGGUCUCCGCUAUCAUGGCGGCGGUCCAGCUCGCAGCGGCGCAGGAGAGGCAACAGCACAGGGUCUUCCUUUCGGCGGGUUCACAUGGACCGAGAAAGUUUGGUGCGUCACGACUCAGGCUCCGACGCAGAUGGGGAGGAGGAAACGGCACUGAACAACAACAUUAACCUGACCAACAACAACAACAAUCUCAACAACCACCAGUCUUCGUUGUUAGGGACUGACCACAGCCACUGUAAUGGGUCCACCAGCAGCCAUGCGCAGCUGGCCCCACGCAGGUCCAUCCUCACCCAACAGAACUCUAUUGGCUCGCCUCGCACGCUCAGCCCCCAGAACUCCAUCCGGUCGAGAGGCUCCUCACCACGGUCCCGCCAGCCCUCCAUACAAGGCCAGACCUCCGUGUGUGGCUCCAUCAAGGAAGUGGAGUACAAGCAGAACAAUUUGAGACGUGCCAAAGAAGCAGCAGCGGCGGCCGAGCAGGAGGAGGCCGAGGAAGUGUCUGAAAAGGAAACGGUGGAACCUGUCCGAAAGAUUUGUUUUAUUUUUGAGCCCAAAGGAUGCUUCAAGGAGAGACAAGAUUAUGCACUCUAUGUCUUCCCACCGGAGAAUCUGAUUCGGAAGGUGUGUCAUUUCAUUGUGUCAAGGCAGUGGUUCGACUCCACCGUCCUGUUCUUCAUCGGCCUCAACUGCAUCACGCUGGCCAUGGAGCGCCCCAACAUUCCCCCGGACUCUAUAGAACGUUUCGUGCUAAUGAUCUUCAACUACGUAUUCACUGCCGUCUUUGGGAUUGAAAUGUUGGUGAAGGUUAUUGCCCAAGGUCUGCUGUACGGGAAGGGCGCAUACUUCAACUCCGGUUGGAACAUCAUGGACGGCUCGCUCGUCAUUAUUUCAUUUGUCGAUAUCAUCAUGUCCUUCCUCGCCACCACGUCACCUCGCAUCUUUGGCAUCCUCAGAGUCUUCCGAUUGCUGCGCGCUCUCAGGCCUCUCAGAGUGAUCAACAGAGCUCCCGGCCUCAAACUAGUGGUGCAGACUCUCCUCUCAUCGCUGCAACCAAUCGGCAACAUUGUCCUCAUCUGCUGCACCUUCUUCAUCAUCUUCGGCAUCUUGGGGGUUCAGCUCUUCAAGGGCUCAUUUUACUACUGUGAAGGACCUAACCUGAAAAACAUCACCACCAAGUCUGACUGUCUGGAAUCCAAGGAGAAUCUCUGGCUGAACCGAAAGUACAAUUUUGACGACCUUGGCCAGGCGCUGAUGGCCCUGUUUGUGCUGUCUUCCAAGGAUGGCUGGGUCAACAUCAUGUACACGGGACUUGACGCUGUGGGGGUGGACAUGCAGCCCAUUGAAAACUACUCCCAGUGGCGGCUCCUCUACUUCAUCUCCUUCCUGCUGCUGGUGGGCUUCUUCGUGCUGAACAUGUUUGUCGGAGUCGUGGUGGAGAACUUUCACCGGUGUCGAGAGGAACAGGAGAAGGAGGAGAAGGCAAGAAGGGCGGCCAAGCGGGCAAAGAAACUUGAGAAGAAGAGAAGAAAUCUUGAAAAGUUCUGGGAGGAGAGAGCAAAGAGUCUGGCCGCGGCCGGCAUAGACCUGGCGUCAGUGGAUGUCAACGCUGAGAUUCGGGAAGAGCGGAGAAGAAAAAGGCGUUUAAAGCUCAUGAAGCUUCAACUAAAGAUGCGAGAGCCUCCCUACUACAGCCAGUACUCCCGGGCCCGGCUCUUCAUCCACAACAUCGUCACCAGCAAGUACUUUGACCUGGCAAUUGCAGCUGUUAUAGGCCUCAAUGUUGUGACCAUGGCCAUGGAGUUCUACAAAAUGCCAAAGGAGCUGGAGUAUGCGCUGCAGAUCUUCAACUACUUUUUCACUGCUGUCUUCAUCCUGGAGUCGGUGAUGAAGAUGGUGGCGCUGGGCUGCCGGCGGUACUUCCAGGACAGAUGGAACCAGCUGGAUGUGUUUAUUGUGAUCCUGUCGGUGGUGGGCAUCGUGCUGGAGGAGAUGAAGAGUGAGAUUAUACCCAUCAACCCCACCAUCAUUAGGGUCAUGCGUGUCCUGAGGAUUGCCCGCGUGCUCAAGCUGCUGAAGAUGGCCAAGGGGAUCCGGGCACUGCUAGAUACUGUCAUGCAAGCACUCCCUCAGGUUGGCAAUCUGGGGCUUCUGUUUUUCUUGCUGUUCUUCAUCUUUGCUGCCCUGGGAGUUGAGCUGUUUGGCAGACUAGAGUGUGACGAGGAGUACCCGUGCCAGGGCCUGGGGGAACACGCUCACUUCAAGAACUUUGGGAUGGCUUUCCUCACUCUGUUCCGAGUAGCAACGGGCGACAACUGGAAUGGCAUCAUGAAGGACACCCUGCGGGACAAGUGCGACACCCACCCGGACUGCGUCAAGAACUGCUGCCUCUAUCCCUUUGUGGCGCCCAUCUUCUUCGUGGUGUUUGUGCUCAUGGCCCAGUUUGUGUUGGUGAACGUGGUGGUGGCUGUGCUCAUGAAACACCUGGAAGAGAGUCACAAACUGGAGGAAGAGGAAGCGGAGUUUGCCCGGCUACUCAGGAUGGAGGAUGAGUAUGACUUCGAGGUGGAGAUUGAAAGGCAGCUGGCCCAAGAAGAGGAGGAGAUGGCAGAGAUGCAGGAAAACAUUGCCAACCAAAAGCUAGCCCAGAAAACAACAAAGGACGUGAACGAGACGGUCAAGGCAAAGUUCAACAGCAGCAAGUACUUCCACAAACCACUCAAUAAAAUGUCGUCUCUGCCCUCGAACUUCACCUUCCGAGGCCAGAGGGAAAUUUUGGAGCAGCCAUCCAGAGAAAAUACUUCUCCAGCCACCACGGGCCUGCCAGACAUCAGGGUGGAGACAUCCCUCAACAUUCCAAGGAUCAACAUCAACGGCAAGGGUCUGGAGGCUGAGGGGGAGGCGUCAGGCCCCAACAGGCCAUCUUUCUCCCACGAGACGGACAUGUACAACCCUAAUCUGAAGCGACCCUCACCGGAUGAACCAGUGAAUAAAGUCUCCAUCACAGACCUGAAGCAGCAGCCACCAAGUCCUGACUCUGGAGGCGCCAGGCCGAGGUGCAGCAAGCCCACUGUAUCUGAGGAGAAGGCGAAGGUGAAGGAAAAGGAGGAGAAGAGCAGCAGGAAGGGGGCGAGUGAAGCACCGUUGGCUGAGAGUAUUGAAGGAGAGGAUGAUCUCAGCGCCGGUGACAGCAUAACGCCGACGCCAAAUUCUCCGCUGCUUCAAGGCCAGAGCAGUCCACUCACGAGAAGAGCGUUACGUCAGUCACAGUGGAGCAACCAAAGGGACGUGAGUGAGGGGGGAGGGUGGAAGGUGAGCUUUGAUGACUCACUCACACAAACGCUCAUGGCCAGCUUUGAACACGUGCCGGAGCUCACUGGACACUUGGACAUGGACUCAACCUCCUGCUCGGUGUGUUCGAGUGAGGACGUCUCCAUUGCGUCUCAUCUGUCAUCGGCCGGACCUUCCCCUGUAGCAACGUCCAACUCCGGGCCCUCCACGGCUCAGGACAACACGCAGGUCUACAGUCCCCUGCCCCAUGUGCUGCCUCCCCCACCACACGUGUUUGCUGAUAAUAAUGACGAGGAUGACGACCCCACCCUAGCCUCAAGCAGUGACUCCUUUACCCUGGAAGGUGGAAUCCCUGAGGUGCCCUCCCUAGACUCAUCGCCGGGGAGUGAAGGGAUGUCCGGGCUGUCUGCCACCGUCUCACCCCAUUCUUCAUGUACGUCACCUCCUUUGUCUUCCUCGAACAAUGGCGCACCAGUAGAUGUAGUAAGCCAUGGCCAUCCUCCUCAUCUCUUGAAGUCUUCAUCAAACUCCACCGACCAUUCCCAGUCUUCACAGUCUUCACCCACCACACUCUCAGCCCCAUUGCCAGCUCAACACUCCUCUGUCGGUGAACUAGCCGACCCUGCCAAGCCAUAUAGUUCAUUAGGCGAACUCAGAAAGGAACCUCUAACUCAUCAAAGACCCAUUCAGCACUGGAAAGCUGAAGGGAGUCAACUCAUGUCCAGUAGGGCAGAGGAGAAGCAGUACAGUUUGGAUAGAGGUCCCAGAUGGCCUUUCAGUUUUGAAAUUUCCCAACCGCACCACUCCCAGCAGGACUCAGGCCAGGCGUCCUCUGACAAGGGUAAGCCAUUCACCCCUCCAACCAUCGGCCUACAGCUCGGGGACAGUAUGCCAAGGUCGAAGGUGCAGAAAUCUAGUGGGCAGAGGUGUUAUAUCCGAGGAAGAAAUAGGUCUCGCCAUUCAGGGCCAAAGUCCUAGUGACGGUGAAUGCCAUGUUAGUAGGGAGCUGACUAUAGUUAGGGAUAUUGUGCCAUCCAAACUAGUGAAUGCCAAAAUAUCAGUCUGCUCAUCAUACAUGUACUUACUAACUACACGCACGACCCUUUGUGCCACACAACACCCUAUCAUGAAAGUGCUGCCAAAUAUGCAUAACCGAUUCCUGUGUAUGAAGUGAACUAUCUUUUAUAUGAGACUUUGUAGAGUGUUCUGGCUUGACGCACGAAGACAGUGUGUUGGCUGCCAUGCGUUGGUGACCCGCGUUGGUGUGUGCUGAGGGAGAAGAGGCUUGUCCUUCCCUUCAAACAGUCAGCGGCACGUCGUCAUCCUGCGUACACUGAGUCGUUUCCUCUUCAGUAUCUCCUUUUUGAACGAUACGCGAAAGUUGUAUACACUCUGUAAAUCAUCAUCACUGUAAAAAUAGUGUCAUAUGAAUUACAUAAUUACAGAAAGUAUUAAUAUGACAACUGUAUAUAGGGUGAAGUUUAUAGAACUGUGUUUUAUAGUUGUAAUAAAUGGCAGAGCUGUGAUUAGCAAUAUCAACAAGUAAUAAUAGAAUUACUAAAUAUGUACAGAAAUAUACUUAAUCCCCAGAUAUGGAAAGUAUUUAAAGUGAGGUUACUAAAAGUUUAUUGUUGUGAUCCUUUUAUAGAAAAAAAUGACCUAUAGAUUGAAAAAGUGUCUUAGACCAGGAGGCAUAUUUACAUUCCAUCUCAGUUCAAGUAGAGAUGCGUGUGUCUCUCCUUGAAUGUAAGCAAUAUAAUAGUAAAUGAGAUAAGUCUUGG